AUGGAUUCUGUAACUGCAUACUUGUGCUCAUGCACAGUCAUAUUGGCGCUCAUUUUGAUUGGACGGAGGCACAAGUCCGCUUUGCCUCUGCCUCCUGGUCCUCCUGCGGAUCCGAUCAUUGGACACCUUCGAAAGUUCUCUUUUGCUCGUCAGCACGAACUCUUCCGCGAAUGGGCGACCAAGUACGGAGAUAUCUUCCAAUUGCAUAUAUUAGGCCGCAACAUCGUGGUCCUGAAUUCUCUGCAAGUCGCUACUGACCUUAUGGAUAAACGGAGUGCCAAAUACAGCGACAGACCGUCAUGCACCACCUUAGAGAUGAUGGGCUAUGAUACAAAUGUUGCAUUCAUGGAAUACGGCCCGCGGUGGAAGAAACACCGCAAGAUUUUCCGAGGAUACUUCAACGAGAACGAGAGCCUUACAUAUCGCUCCCAGCAGACUCGAGGAGCGCAUGCACUUCUGAAGGAUUUGCUGACUUCGCCCCAUGCAUUCAUUGAGGUGACGCAACGGUUUGCCAUGCGAGGCGUCUUGGAGAUAGCGUACGGCCAUCAGGUACAUUCUGACGACGACGUCUACGUCAAACUGACAGCGGAUGCACUGCAUGGUGCCGACGAGGCGAAACUUGGUGUCUCGCUGGUCGACUUUUUCCCAUUACUGGCCUAUCUCCCCCAUUGGCUACCCGGAUGUUCCUCUUUCACUGCUGCGGCACGUCGUUGGGGCCCUGUUACACGAGAAAUGCACGACUACCCAUUCAAUGACGUGUUGAAACAGAUGGACGCAGGCAUCGCUCAACCGUCGUUUCUAUCUUCAUAUCUGGAGCGAUACAAGACGGAAGGUGCGAAGGAUUAUGAUUUGGGUGACCUCAAAGGUGCAGCUGGCACCAUCCUCACUGCUGGUGCUGAAACGACAUGGUCCCUCAUCCUAACCUUCUACUUCUGCAUGCUCCUGUUCCCAGAGGUGCAGCACAGAGCACAGGUCGAAAUUGACCGAGUGAUAGGUCCUGGUAGACUGCCGGACUUCAGCGACCGCGAUGCACUGCCUUUUGUAGAAUACGUCUUACAGGAGACUAUUAGAUGGCAUCCUGCUGCCCCUCAAGGCAUUGCGCACCGUUCUGUCGACGACGACAUAUACAACGGGAUGUUCAUCGCAAGGGGUUCGAUCAUAAUCCCCAAUGUCAUGGCAAUGAGCCGUGACGAGACGAUGUACAAGGACGCAGAGGCAUUCUGUCCCGAGCGUUUCCUCCCCUCACCCGCAGGUCGCGGGGAGCCAUAUCUAGGCGCUGUCUUCGGUUUCGGUCGGCGAAUCUGUCCUGGAAGAUACUUCGCAGACAACAGCGCAUGGAUCGUCGCCGCGACUGUUCUCGCGACCUUCGAUAUUUGCAAGGCUGUCGACAAGGAUGGAAAAGCCAUCGAGCCGGACGUGGUGUUCACGACGGACGGGCUGGCAAGCCGUCCAAAACCGUUUGAAUGUGUCUUUCAACCGCGCUCAGAGAUGGCGAAGAAGCUGAUUAUACAGCAGGAGAAUUUGGGCGAAGAUUGA